CCCGGUGUUGGCGCGAGCCAUGCUCGCUUCGCUCGCGUGGCUCCGUGGUGGCGCCACUUCCGGCUCAGAUGCUGGCGGUGCUGGCGGCAUGGGCUCUCCGAGCCCGACCUCGCUCGACCCUGCCGACUGGGCCACUCUCCGCGCCAGCGCGCAUGCAGUCCUCGACGCGUCGCUGGACAAACUCGAGGCUGCGUCGGAGGGUCGCGUCUGGACGCCGGUGCCCGACGACCUAAAGGAGGCUCUGCGAGCGCCGGUACCGCCAGAAGACGGGCUUGCGCACGGAGAGCUGUGCGAGAGGCUGCUGGCGCUGCUGCCGUACGGAGCCGGCAACACACACCCGCGGUUCUUCGGCUGGGUCCACGGCAGCGGCAGCCCCGGCGGUGUGCUUCCAGAACUCGUCGGCGCCGCGAUGAAUGCCAACUGCGGCGGGCGGGACCACGUCGGGAUCUACGUCGAGCGGCAGGUGCUGACGUGGUGCAAGGAGAUGAUGGGGUUCCCAGCCUCGGCCGGCGGGCUCCUCGUCAGCGGGACCAGCAUGGCGACCGUCCUCGCGCUCAAGGCGGCUCGCGACGCGCGGCUUGGCUUUGACGCGAGCCGUGAGGGCGGCCUCGCCGGCGGGCCGACUCGCCUCGUGGGCUACGCGGCGCAGGGGACGCACUCUUGCAUCAAGCGCGCCCUGGACGUGCUCGGCGUCGGUGCGGACGCGCUGCGCAUCGUCCCCGUGACGGACGCGUUCACGAUGGACGUGCCGGCGCUGCACGCUAUGGUGGCCGAGGACAGGCGGCGCGGGCUCACCCCCUGGCUGCUCGUGGCCACCGCCGGCGCCGUCAAUGUGGGCGCCAUCGACGACCUCGACGCGCUAGCGGACGUGGCGGAGGCGCAAGGGCUGUGGAUGCACGUGGACGGCGCCUUUGGUGCGGCGGCUGUGCUAAGCGACGAGGUGCGGCCGCGGCUGAGGGGGAUGGGUCGCGCCUCGUCGCUCGCGUUUGAUUUCCACAAGUGGCUGCACGUCAACUACGACUGCGGCUGCGUGCUCGUCCGCGACGGCGACACGCACUUGCGCGCUUUCUCCGACCGCGCAUCGUCGCUCGCGGGCGGCGGCGGCGGCAGGCAUUCGCCAGACUACCUAGCCGGCAACGCGCGCGGACUCGCCGCAAACGCGCCCUGGCCCGUGGACUUGGGGAUCGAGCUGUCGCGCGGGUUCCGGGCGCUCAAGGUCUGGUCGCACUUGCUCGAGCACGGCACGCGAGCGCUCGGCGCGGCAAUCACGGCCAACUUGCGGCAUGCGGAGCACUUGGCGGCGCUGGUCGACAAGGCGCCCACUCUCACCCGCCUCGCCCCGCUCAGCUUGCAGAUCGUCGUAUUCCGCUACGAGCCGGCGGGGCUGCUGGGAGGCGGCGGCGGCGGCGGCGGCGGCGGCGGCGGCGGCGGCGGCGGCGUGGCUGCAGACGGGGCGGCGCUCGACGCGUUGAAUGACGAGAUUGUCGUCGAGCUGCAGGAGCGCGGGGUGGCCGUCCCCUCGACGACCCGGAUCCGCGGCGUGCUCGCGAUCCGAAUCAACCUGACCAACCACCGCACCCGGUUCGAGGACCUCGACUUGCUGGUGGAGCAGCUGUGCAAGAUCGGCGGCGAGCUGGCCGAGCGCCGGGGAUGGGCCUAGGCUGCGGCUUGCGCGCCCCCCUUUCAUAAAUAAAUAUAUAAUAAAAACGGACACGCCAAACGACGAGGGGUGCGAGACGCAACCACCCCUUCACCUUUGACC